CAAACUUUUUCUGGGCUACAAAGUCAUCACCCUUUCUGUCUCCUUCUUUAUUUUACUCUCUCAUUUUUUAUUUUCUAUCUCUAAAUUUUCUCUCUCACCAAACAUUACAAUCCUUUCUCUGACACAUUUUCCUUGUCUUUCCCUCUCUGUUUUGUCACUUUAUCCCCGAAAGUUUCCUCCAAAGCUUUCGAUUCUCUCUCUCUCUCGUCUCUCACCGAUCAUGCUUCAAAGUUUGGUCCCUCGACCUCCUCUCAAUUCCAAUCCUAACGCCAUGAAAACGAAGCGCGCCGACCGCGACCGCGACGACGGCGAUUCCCCUCCUGAGGAAGCCUCCUUCAAGCGACCGAACUCCGGCGAGAAGACGGUGGUGGAAAGCGAGGGACGCGAGGAGGAACAAGCCUUCGAACCUGAAUCCGAAGGCGAGUCUAGUGGCCUCAAACUCUUAGGGCUUUUGCUCCAAUGCGCAGAGUGCGUCGCCAUGGACAACCUCAACUUCGCCAACGACCUCUUGCCGGAGAUCGCCGAGCUCUCCACGCCGUUCGGCACGUCGCCGGAGCGCGUCGGCGCGUACUUCGCUCAGGCGCUGCAGGCGCGAGUUGUGAGCUCCUGCCUAGGCGCUUACUCGCCGCUCACCACCAAAUCGGUUGCCCUAACUCAGUCGCAGCGAAUCUUUAACGCGUUCCAAUCCUAUAACUCGGUCUCGCCGUUGGUGAAGUUCUCGCACUUCACCGCGAACCAGGUAAUCUUCCAGGCACUGGAUGGCGAGGAUCGCGUCCACAUCAUCGACGUUGACAUCAUGCAGGGACUUCAAUGGCCAGGAUUGUUCCACAUCCUGGCAUCACGCUCGAAGAAGAUCCGCUCCAUGAGAAUCACCGGAUUCGGAUCCUGCUCUGAGCUGCUCGAGUCAACAGGGAGGAGACUCGCCGACUUCGCGAGUUCGCUCGGUCUUCCGUUCGAGUUCCACCCGGUGGAAGGAAAAAUCGGGAGCGUGACGGAGGUGAGUCAACUCGGAGUGAGGCCGAACGAGGCAAUUGUCGUGCACUGGAUGCACCAUUGUUUGUAUGACAUAACCGGCAGCGAUUUGGGGACGUUGAGAUUGCUGACUCAGCUGAGGCCAAAGCUGAUCACCACCGUCGAACAAGAUCUGAGCCACGCUGGGAGCUUCCUCGCGAGGUUCGUGGAGGCCUUGCAUUAUUACAGCGCGUUGUUCGACGCGCUGGGAGAUGGAUUGAGUGUGGACAGCCUCGAGAGGCAUAUGGUGGAGCAGCAGCUGUUGGGCUGCGAGAUCAGGAACAUCGUGGCCGUUGGUGGGCCCAAGAGGACCGGUGAGGUUAAGGUGGAGAGAUGGGGGGAUGAGUUGAGACGGGUCGGGUUUCGACCCGUUUCACUCCGGGGCAACCCGGCUGCACAAGCUAGCUUGUUGCUAGGUAUGUUCCCUUGGAAAGGGUAUACGCUGGUGGAGGAGAAUGGUUCCCUUAAGCUUGGGUGGAAGGAUCUAUCUCUGUUGAUAGCCUCUGCUUGGCAACCGUCUGAUUUGAUUACUUACCACCCUGAUUAAAAUCACAGUUUACUUAAGCGUGAUGAUGAUCCUAGUUUUGAUUUCCUUUGUGGGGGAACAACCCUUGAAUUUUCUCUCCCACCUCUGCUGCAACUUAAAAGCCCUGAUGUGUUCUGAAAAAUCAUUGCAAGUUGCAACAAUCAACUAUGGUUCCUUAAAAAAAAUUUAUUUUUAUAAUUGUUUAAUUGAAUUGGACUCAGAAGCACAAAGCUUAUUGUUUGGGUCCUAUUACGUGGGAAGCCAAAGGAAGAGGGGGAUUGCUUUUGUCUAUUAUACAAUAAUAAUAAUGAUUA